UCCGUCGGCCUUGACCCGGACUGAGCUGCAGAUAAAGAGGAGGAGCUUCACAAAGGACGACCCGACGGAAGAAAACAGAGCCAAAAGCGGCACCGAGCAACCGGUCGAGCAAAGCGCACCGCGUCACAUCAUCUCGAGCGCGCUCUCUAGCUAGCUACAUAAGCAGCGCGGCGGCACUUCCUUGUCCAGGAGGAGAGAGCGCCGAUCGCCGGACCACAGGCGGCCACACGACACCAGCACGAGCGAGCCACGGCGCGGUCGACCGAGGCGCGAUGGAGGCGCUCGCUGUCGCUGGUGGCAAGCCGCUGUCGGGGGCGCGGGCGCGGCGGAUCGCCAGGAGCCGGGAGGAGAUGCUGGGCCUCCUUGCUGACUUCGACGGCGGCGACGGCUCCGACCGCGAGCUCUCCUUCUCCGACCUCGUCGACGCCGUCAGGCCGCCGCCCAACGCCGGCCACGCCUCGGUGUCGCUGCCGGCACCAGUCGGGGUCGAAGCAGAGGCGGCCGAGCAGAGGCGGGAGGAUGCCCCGCCGUCCAAGAAGCAGCAGCAGGCGGCGGGGAAGGAGAAGAGGAGGCUGCGGAGGCGGCCGAGCGACAACAGGGGCAGCUGCGGAGGAGGCGCGGACGGCAACGGCGUGCUGCUCAACUUCUACGUUCCGGGGCUGCUCACCCGGAGCAUGACGGCGCCGCGCCCCGGCCCCGGCCGGGGGCUGAUGCCGGCCGCGGGGACCCGGCAGAGCGCGCCGCCGACGGUUGCUGCCGGCAAAACCAGGAUGCAGGCGUCGCUGGACAUCGGCUGCUGGCCGGCGCUGUGGGGCAGAGGCCGCGACCACCACCGUAACAAGCCAGUCUGAGAGUCUUCUUCUUCUUCCAUGCACAUACAGCCGGUGUAGUGGUACCACUACUUGUAGCCUGAGACUUGUUGUGCAGCUAAUCCGAGCCUUCUUUUUUCUGCUCACACCUGUAAAUUAUGCUCUGUUUUUGUAAACGUGGUUUCUGAGUUGGUGUCUUUUCUUAAA